AUGUGGAUUCAGGCCAGUGUUCUCAUUAUCAUUGUGUCUUGUAUUAGCCCCAGCCUUAGUAUUGAACCAGUCACGGGAGUCACUGCAGUUAUUGCGGCUGUGGGGUCACUCAUUUACACCAGCUAUGAUGCAUUGCGGUGCCGAUUUGUUCCCUGCUGUAACAAUAGGUGGAUUAUAGAAAACAUUACAGGUUUAGAGAUUGCAUUAACAUCAAAGUUACAUGGUCAGCAUCUUGUCCAGAGAACUGUGGUUGGCCAUAUUAAGGGUCAUUUACGGUCAUCAGACCCUUCAAAGGCAUUGGUGUUAUCAUUCCACGGCCUUACUGGUGUUGGCAAAAACUUUGUCAGUAGUAUCAUUGCUGACAACCUCUACAAAGAUGGCUUGCGCAGUCCUUACGUUCAUCUUAUUUCAGCCACUAAGGAAUUUCCUCACGAGGGAUUACUUCCGUUUUACAAGGAUCAGUUGAAAUCAUGGAUUGAAGGAAAUAUAACCAUCUGUGAUCGCUCCAUGUUCAUCUUUGAUGAAGUAGACAAGUUUCCGGCAACCCUUUUAGAUGUUGUGAAACCUUACAUAGAUUACUAUGAGCAGUUAGGAGGUGUUGUCUACCGUAGAGCCAUCUUUCUGUUUCUAAGUAAUACAGGUGGCAAUGAUAUUGCUAAACUGGCACUGGAGCGGUGGCAGUCAGGGGUCAGUAGAGAAAGUUUGGAGCUCUCUGAUGUGGAGAAAAUACUGAUGUCGUCUGCUAUUAAUGCUGAUAACCACAAUGGUCUUUGGCACAGUCAGUUGAUCAGUAGCCAGCUGAUAACCGCCUACAUCCCGUUUCUGCCCCUAGAGAAGACACACGUUCGGAAAUGUAUCGUAGAUUAUCUCAUCUCCAGAAAAUAUUAUUCCAGUGGUGGAGACAUUCCAAGUGAAGUGGUGGAUAAAAUCCUCAAAGAGUUGACAUUUGACCCCCCAACAGAGCAACUGUUCUCUACUACAGGCUGUAAACGAGUUGUUGAAAAAAUAGACUAUGUAAUGCUUGAUGGGACAGGUGAUGCAGGACACUGA